GGGGCGCUGGAGCGCGGAGCGAGCGGGUGACGGUUGGUCGGCGGCGUCGAUGAUGGAGGAGCGGAGAGAGCGGUCGCUCACGGCCACGGCCACGGCCACGGCCACCCCGGGCCCCACCAACCCCAACGUGAGGCUCUUCGGGUGCAUGCUGGAAGGAUCAAAGAAAGAGUACAAGUUCAAGGUGCAGGAUGAUUCGACGGCACACCAACUGGUCCUGAGAACGGUAUGUGUGGGGCCAGAAACGAAGGAUGAACUGCAUGUCAUUGAGCUGGAAGCCAUGAGUGCCAAUGGGAAAAUGAUUAAAAUGCCCUUAACAUCUCUGAAACCGUCCGUUCUGACUUCAAUGGGUCUGGGUGGAUUUGAAGUGUCUCCUCCAGUCCGUUUCCGCCUGAAGACCGGUUCUGGUCCUAUUUAUAUCAGUGGGGAACAUAUCAUUGGCGUGCCCGACUCAGAUUCUGAAUCCGAAGAUGAUCAGGUGAAAGGCACUGCCAGGAGAGAACCUAUGAAGCGCAAGUCAUCUUCCACCGCAGAACAACCUGCAAAGAAAAUUGCAAAGUUAGAAAAGUCACCGAAAGCGAAAGGUAAAAGCGAUGAAGGAGAUGACGCUGAUGAUGAAGAGGAUGAUGAUGAAGAUGAGGACGAAGAGGAGGAGGAGGAGGAGGAGGAAGAUACUGAUGACGAGGAUGUGGCAGAGGAUGAGGAUGAUGAUGAAGAGGAGAUGGCAAAGACUCCUCCAAAGAAAACAGUCAAUACUCCGGGAAAAAACACAAAAAAGCGAGAAGACAAAUUAAAGCCCGUGAAAACGUCCAAGACUGAAAUCACAGUAGAUGAUAUUAAAACCAAAAUGAAGACCAUUGUUCAAAAGGGGCAGCACCUACCGAAGACCAUGCAGAAGUUUCAAAACUUUGUAAAAAGCUCGUUCCGAUUCGAAGAUCAAAAAGUCGUUGAGGAGCUGUGGACCUGGGGCCAGACCUUGAAGCGUGCCAAGUGAAGGAUGCCUGAGUUUACGCGCUUGUUUCCCUCGAAGACCGUCCACCGCUUCACAGCCAUCGAUGGAGGUCCCUCAUCCAACCAAAAAAGACGUUGAUUCUGUCUGCAGGAUAUCCGCUGACCACAUUUUGUUUGGAAGUGUUUUGGUGUCACAGAUAAGUCAUCCUUCGCUGUGUCCCUUUACGUUUCCCGAGUGAAAGCCCUGUCCCACUGUACGAGUUCAUUCAAAGAGUUCUCCCGAGUUUGCCCUGAUUCGAACUCGGAGAUUUACGGUAAUGGCCACUCGUAGGUACUCGGGGCUCUCGUGGACA